AUGUCCUCUGUCGAUGCUUUCAUUGGACAUUGGAAAUUUGUCAAAGCUGAUAAUUUUGACGAAUUCAUGAAGGUAAUCGGUGUUGGGCUCAUUAUUAGAAAGUUAGCAGCACAUAUGCAACCUACAAUCGAAGUCUAUUCCGAUGGUGAAACGUGGCAUAUCAACCAAUAUUCGACAUUUAAGAAUACAAAACUGUCUUUCAAGUUGGGAGAGGAAUUCGUCGAGAUCAGUCCAGAUGAUCGGACCUUCAACUCUGUGGUCACUGUAGAAGACGGAAAGCUGGUUCAUCGUCAGAAUAAAAUAAAAGAACAGGAUAAAAGCUCGGUGUUCACAAGCGAAGUGGUAAACGGAAGAAUGUUCCAGACACUUCAAUGUGGCGAUGUCAUCUGCCGUCGCGAGUUUGUAAAAGUAUAA